AAGGCACUUUCACAACAGAAAGAGUGAAAAUAGAGUCUGGUCACCUAAGUGAUAAGACCAAUCAAUCACAAGUGACUGUAAAUGCUAAAAAGAGAGGUAAGAAAAUGUUGUCGGUCUCCAAGAGAAAAAUUGCUCAUCUUUGAUUCCAAUGGGGUUUUUACUGUGGUGCAUAGCGCCACCUGGUGGCUGCUCUAUAUGCAACAUGUAACCUCAGCCAGCCUUGUCAGUUCACUGGCACAUAUCGAAUACUGAAAACAGCACACAGAAAGUUGAGGCUAAUUUAGGAAGAGUUAACAAACCUCACUGGUCAUUUCCUCCUCAUUUCUCCUACGCUAUGGAAAGUUUUUUUUUUUUUUUUUUAAUAACAGUGCUAUAAAUGGAUAAGCAUGCUCCAGGGCUACAGAACCCACAGUCAUGUUGCUCUUACACAGAACACUCCAGAUAGAAUGACUCCCUCGAUCCUCAUCUGGAUUCUGGUACUGAACUGCGCUUGCUUUCCCUCCACAUGUGGCUCCAGCAGUGAACAGUAUGCAAACCAGAGCAUCUGUCACAAGCGCAGAUUUCAGGAGCUGUCUUGUUCCUCUCUCAAUCUUUCAUCUGUUCCAAAUUGCCUGGAACCCGGACUUAAAAAACUCGAUCUGUCCAACAACUUUAUCAGAACUCUCAACGAGGAAUCCGCAGCAAGCCUACAAUCGCUGCAAGAGCUGGAUUUAAGUUUUAACCGGUUCGAUCUAUUAACCCGGAGAGCUUGGAGAAACUUGAUACAGCUUCAAAGUCUUAAUCUUGCAGGAAACAACCUGGACAGUAACAGGAAAAGAAACAGCGCAGCCUUGCAGUCGCUGAAGAGCCUGAAAGUGCUGGAUCUGUCCCAGAACAAUCUGGACAGCGAUACGUCGGCUCUGUAUCUGAAGAACAUGUCCUCGCUGGAGCACCUUGGCUUAGCCGGAAACAAACUGACAACGCUUUCUUCAAAAUUAUUCCACCAAUCCCCCAACCUGGAGAGCAUCAGCUUGGCAGAUAACAUCAUUGUGGAAAUCAACAAGGGAACCUUUGAGAGUCUGAAGAGACUCAGGGUGUUAAACCUGGCCUUCAACUCACUGCGCUGCAUCUCCGAUUUUCAACUGAAACACCUGCUUACCCUGAACCUCAGCAGAAACUCCAUUGAGUUCUUUGUGACGAGUGAAAAUGAAGACAUGUAUCAACUUGAAACUUUGGACCUUAGUUAUAACAGGCUACUUUACUUUCCCCUGCUCCCCAAAAAUAAUGCUUUACAAUAUCUGUAUUUACAGAACAAUGAAAUGGGUUUACUUACACUUGGAUCUGCAUUUUCAGAAGUGAGAAUUCUGUACCAAGAAAUCACAAGAAUAGAUACUCCCAACAGCAAGCUUUAUUCAAACACGACAUUUACAAACUUGGUUCACCUGGAUUUAAGCAACAAUCUAUUCACGUCUUUCCCGUUUCACUUUUUACACGACCUGAUUGCUCUUCAGCACCUUAACCUCAGCAACAACUGCCUUGAAAACUUCACUUUGGAAGAAAGUGAUGCAGAAACCCAAGCGACAGCUGAGCAACCAUCUCCACUAUUUCAGCAGCACAGGCGUCUCCCAUCCAUGCAGACACUGGAUCUGCACAACAAUCUAAUCCACUAUCUGCCCCCUUGGUUCUUUGAGCUCCUACCCCAGAUAGAACGAGUGAAUCUGGGGAAAAACAGCUUGCAACCCUGUGCCAUCCCCAAUUCUUUCACAAGCAAUGGAGCUGCAUUGCAAAACGUGAGCCAUAAUGAUGACUGUGUGGACUUCUCUGGUUUAGGAACUCUGAAGCACCUGGAUCUGCGUGAAAAUAACAUUGCAGUGCUGUUCCCUCGCAUGUUUCACCAAACUCCUUUAGUUUCUCUGGACCUUGCUGGUAAUACGCACCUUAGGAUAGCUGCUAAUGCUCUUGACAGCCUGGCGUCCACGCUGCAGGAGCUGUCCGUCAGUGGCAACCUGAUGAUAAACUCUGAUUUACCUCUGCCUUGUCUCAAAGAGUUAAGAAGGCUGGACCUGUCCAACAACCUCCUGGGUACUCUACCUCCGCAAAUCAGAUGCUCCCCACUGGUGGAGAUCGAUGUUCGGAACAAUUCCUUGACCGGGCUAGAUGUGCCAGCAGUCACCUGCUGGUCUAGAAGUCUUCAGACCAUCCAGUUAAGCAGAAACUCUUUCAAUUGUUGCACACUGCAUUGGCUGAGGAUCAUGCAGGAGUCUAAGGCUGACAUCGGCGAUCUGGAGGACGCUAUGUGUUUCUAUCAGCAGAAUUACACGCUUGCAGUAGCUUUAACAAGGGACCAUUCACAAGAGUGUCCAGCUGGGGCAGCGGCAGAAACAACACUCCUACUAGGCUUAAUAAUCCUAGCCGUUCUGCUUAUAACAGCUGCUGUCGUUAUUGGUAAAAUAAAGUACCAGAAACCAGGCACUUCUGUGAAACUUAAGAGUAACAAAGUGGUGUCUUUUGAAUAUACUCAAGACAUCGACUGUGGUCCUAAGGUGGCUAAACUCAAUAUAUUUGAAACUGAGACUUGAAAAGCUGGCUCAUUCUGGUUGCUCCUGUCUUUUUUGUAACAUAUGUUUAGGCAGAUAAUCAGUUUUACAAGUUUCUUCACUUGAAUAUUUAUAAACAGGAGUGAACAAUGCAUUCUUAUAUUUUAUUUUUCAGUCACAAAGUAUAAUAUUUGAUUAUUUACAAAGCUAUCUCUGAAACACUACCUCGUAUGCAGAGACCAAUUUCUUUCUCUGAGAUUAUUAUUGUGAGUCCCUCUUCACAGCAGACAGAUACUGGAGCUAAAACACAAGGAGAAGCCCUGUGUUCUAUAUAUCUUAGGAAAGCUUUGUAGAACAAGUGUGAACAGCACAAAUCUAAAUCAAAUGAGCAAAGUCACAUUUCUGUCCUUUUUUUUUGUUAACGUCCCAAUAAACUUCCCACACAAUCCCCCUGCUAAUCACCCACAUUACCACUUCGUUUACCCUAUGUAAUCUGUGCAGUGGAAUUGAAGUGUGUGUUCCUGGCCAGUUUCAAUGGUGAGGAGAUGUGAAGGAUGUCUGAUAUUUCCUACAUAAAACAUGGAAAAUAUUAGAUUAGAUUUGCAUUUGAAAUUUAGCUUGCAAUGUCUACUAAUAUUAUUUUCUUCUUUGUGCUAAUGUUAUUUAUAUGGUGUAUCAAUUUAUAUACAAAUAUAU